AUGGUGACGGACUGUGCCGUACAAGAGUUCAUUCAACCCUACUUAAAUUGCAUAAAGAAAGUGUUUGAAAAUGAAAGUGGACAGUUUAUGAUUGUAGGAAUGGACAAGCUUGCAAUAGAAGAGAUUGUAAAUAAGCUAUCAAGCUUAAGCCCAUAUAAAGUUAUAAAGAUUGACAGACAGAAAGAUUUUAAUCCAGACAGGAAAAUUUUUAUCUUAAAACUCGAAAACAUCUCUUCGAUAGAAUACCAGUCUUUGAUUUAUUAUUAUCUUGAAUUGCCAGCCAAUAGCAAAAGUUUUGUAUGCCUUGUUUCUACAUCUUCACUUGCACUGGAAUUUUUUGAAAAAAGAGUGAGAAGUAGGUUUAGAAAUAAGAUAUUUUUUAUACCCUACGUUAAUUUUGAAUUAGAAGUAGACAAUAAAGAGAAUCAAUUCAACAUAAAAAUAGAAAAUAAAAUAGCAUAUUCCACAAUUGAACUCAAAGAACGACAGAAGCUUAUGAAGAAAUACGGUCUUAAAGAAUUCGAUUUCAACAUUCUUUUUGAACUAUUUGAACCAAUCCAUUUUGUUUUAUUAAGUAUCGCAUUUAAUCAAAAAUUAAACGUUCAAAAAUGUAACGAACAAUUUAAACUGGCGGUUAUUGACACUCCUGAACUGAAAAGAGUUCCAUCGUCAAGAGUGCUUUUUGGUGUUUUAGACUUAGUUGAAGCUGGCAUUAUUAAUUUGACAGGAUUUCCACUAGUUGAUUUUAAUGAGUUUAAAGCAUUUGUGCAUAAAAACUGUCCAUUGUACCUGAAAAAAUUAAUUAUCACACAAAGUAAGCUUAGAAAAUAA